AUGCUCCUCCUCGUCCUCCUCCUCGCUGCCCUCGCCGAAGCUAGGCCGCAAGGUCAGAACGGCGGAGAAAAUGGCCAGAACGGAGGGUCUCGCGGCUCCAUGACCCAGCACUCCAUGGUAUCGAUGCCCACCGAGUCUAGCUCUUCCGAUUCAUCCUCCUCUUCCGACAGCUCCAAGACUGGGGUGUCAACUGCUGUGGUCGUGCCCGUGGUCGUCGUCAUCGUGCUGGGGACAAUCCUAUUACUCGUGUUCAAGUUCAGGAAAUCGAUAGCGAGCAAGUGGAAUGAACGGUUCAGCAGCACGAGGCGGUCUAGGUCUGGGACCGACGCUGCUUCGCGUAUACUCACUGCUGAGGAGCUGAGCGGAUCACCCUCGCGGACGGACGUAGACAACAACGCCGCAGGCGGCGCGGACGCUGGGAACGGCAACAGAAAUCGAAGAGGGGCGAAUGGACGACCGAGGCGGACUCGGAAUGGAGAGUACUUGAGGAGGACGGAGAGUGGGAGGAGUAUCAGGACGUUGCCAGUGUAUAGCAAAGAGGCGGGUGAUGAGGAGCUUGUUCUCGUCAGGCAACGGUCAAGUUCCAUCAUGUCGGAUGACACUGUUACCCUUGAACAUGAGACGAUCGUCGAGGAGAGCGAAAGCUUCCCUACGCACAACCGGACAUCCAGCGAAGAGACUCGCCCCGAGCCCAUCACCGAAGAGGCCGUCGAGCUCAUCGCCGGCGCCCAACCCGAAUCCCCAACCCCCAUGCCCCAUUCUGCCCCUGCCACCACCACCCAAAAUCCAAAUCGGAUGUCUACCCCUGAUGCUUCCCGCCACGACUCUAUCACACGGCGAGGCUGGGGCGAGGCGCCGACAUAUCUCGAGGCAAUGUCCUCGCCGCCAUUCUCUUCUCCCAACGCGGAUCUAGAGGCGGGCACGGAUAACCGGCCGGUGCCUACGUUACGAACCAGAACGAGCUCUGCCUUCAAAGACUUUCUCUCGCGCGCUGGGUUCUCCAACCAGUCCCGGCCUAUGGAAAUGUCUCAGCACCCCCACUCUGCUACCGCCCUCCCAUUGCUCCAGCCUGUCACUUCUCGCAUAUCCACACAAUCUUCCUUGCACCCCGGGACGUCCACCUAUCCCUCCCCGUGGCAAUCGUCACAUUCACUCCUCAUCUCGUCUCCUAUACCGAACACUGCCAUGCGCGCGUCAUUCGAUUCGACAGCGAUACCCCGUGCGGGGCUGAGUGAUGAUCAGAUGCGGUUCUUGAGCAGUAAUGAGGCGGUCAACCUUGUUGGGGUGAGGAUGCAAGAUCCGCCGGAGGGGAGGAAGAAUAAGAGGAGGAGGGGGAGUGAGGCUGUUAGUGUGAUUGCGCUGGGAGGGAGUGGGGAGAGAGAAGGGCAAGGCCAAGAGGAGGAGGAGGGAGGGGAAGGUCCGCCGACGUGGGAGCAGAGUGAGGAGCAUAGGAGGAGUUUGAUCUUGAGCCCGACUCCGGGGGAGGGAGAGGGUAGUGGAUCCGGGGCGAUUCAGGCGGAAGAUACGGAGCAGAGAGGAGGUGCAUCAGAGUCAGAAAGGCAGGAGGAAAGUCUAACCCAGGCUACUGUUCCCAAACCUUCCUCUCCCUCUACAUCCUCCCCAGCGCUUCUGCCUCCUGCCCCAGUGUUCGAGGUCGAGCCGCCUACCCCUGUAGCUGAGCAGAUCCCUACCCAAAUCCCGUCGCCUACGAUCCGCGUCUGA